AUGACAGCCCCCGCUCCUGCCGCGGCCGGGGUGGGGUUGGGCGUUAUGGUGCCGUUGAUGUUGAAGAUAAGUUCGAAUCCCGGGCUCGUAGGGUUGCAGGUACGCUGCGGCCCGCGGGAUACGUAUAAUCCGAGUCAUAGAGUGCGCAAGAGGCGGCUGGGGUUUCUGGCGAGGAAGCGGACGCCUGGUGGGCGGGGGGUGCUGAAGAGGAGGAGGCUGAAGGGGAGGAAGAGUUUGACGCAUUAGGGAAGUGGGAGGGAAUCGGCAUGGCGCAUGCCCACCGGGGGGGGAGGAGGGGUCGGUUCACGGACGUACGUAUGGAUGGAGAUAAAUGUUUUAUGCAAUACAUGUAUACAAGUGCUUUAUCUUUACGACCCACCAAGUAACUUUUUUCUCCCCCUCUCCCACACACAAACCUUCUCUCUAUUUAUACACCCCCCCCCCCCCUCUGUUUACUUAAUCAGAGGCGUCCUAGCCACACCCUUAGUCGGAAACCUACUCUGCACAACCAACCAAUCUAUACGGUCCCACCACGCCCUCAGGUAGUCAUCCUUCCCGAGUAUGCCAAAGUCCUCGAGCCAGCUGUGUUCCCACACAUUCACGUUGAGCACAGGGAUAACCCACCCGCCCGUCUUCCCCUUGGCCGCAUGUCUGACUGCGCUGGUGUAGGGCGACAACUCGCUGCCGAGUUUGAGGCCGGUGUUCAUAUCUGUGUCCUGGCGGCGGUACGAGGCGCCGUAGGGUGUUCCGGCGUUGUACGUGCACAGGAUGCGCAGGACGCCGGCCUGGUCCAAGACAAGCCAAACGUAGCCGUUGCCGAACAUAGCGUUGGCAGUCGCAAAGAGCUCGGCUUUUAG